UUGGGUUUGUGAUUUGACAGAAACCGAGUCGUGAUCAUCCGAUCGGGCAGUGGGUGGUUUAGCCUCUCUUAUUUACCUUCUCCUUCAUUAAGAUUAUCGUCGUGCCAGCGUACUGAGUGGCUACAUGGACAUCUGUCACGCACCGCUUUUAGGAAGGUAACACCUGCCGUUUGCCUGUCGACGUGUGUGAGAGAGAGAGACGCGGCUUGGGCACUGGGGAUAUCCCCUGCUUGUUUGGGCGAACGUCGUUUUUCCAGGCUAAGCUAGCAGUACUACAGCAUUACGGGUGGGGGUGGAUUUCCACAUCUCGGCCCUCGGAGAGCGAAUAUAAAUAACGUCUCGGGAGUAACACUAUGCUGUGGAACUAUGACAAGCGAAGGAAACAGACCUGCUGAAGGAGAGUUUCUUGGAGGAGAAAUGUCAACGGAAGAGUUUCGGGUGAACGGUCAAUAAAGAGGUGAAAAGUAGUUCAGUUUAGAGAAGCUAGUCGGUUAGCUAAAUUGAUCAAGGAAGUUGACUAGCUAGCUGACUAACGGCGUCAAAUGUAUCACUGGAUCAAGGGUCGUUUCAAACGUCUUAGUUAUUUAUAGAGUUACAGAUUUACAUUGCCGACUUACCAUGUUUCCAUUUGAAAGCUGGAAUGAUUAAAGGGACACCAUCGUGUUUUUUAAACAAUUGACCGCCAGCUAAUUGUUACACUGUUAGCUAGAAAGUCGAAGGUUGUAAACAAAGGGUUCCCAUCUCCACCUGUCUACCCCAACGUUACACCUCAAGUGAACGUUGUUCGUUGUUUCAUAGCCAUCUUUACUCUUUAGUUUACCAGUGUAACCCACUCUCGAAAAUGGAUUUAAAGACGGCAGUAUUUAAUGCAGCUAGAGACGGCAAGCUUCGUUUGCUUCAAAAACUGUUGGAGAACAAAGAUGGACACGAGGUGACUAAGUUGAUGGGCGAAAAGACAAACGGGGCUACACCGUUGCUGAUGGCCGCCCGCUACGGACACCUGGACCUGGUGGAGUAUCUGCUGGAGUGCUGCAGUGCUCCUGUCGAGGUUGGUGGGUCCGUGAACUUUGACGGGGAGACCAUAGAGGGAGCGCCCCCUCUGUGGGCUGCUUCGGCGGCGGGUCACCUGAAAGUGGUCCAGUCCUUACUGGGUCACGGAGCCUCUGUUAACAGUACGACCCUCACCAACUCAACACCCCUUAGGGCAGCAUGCUUUGACGGCCACUUAGACAUUGUGAAAUACCUGGUGGAGCACAAUGCUGACUUGGAGGUAGCCAAUAGACAUGGCCACACGUGUCUAAUGAUAUCCUGCUACAAGGGGCACAAAGAGAUAGCACAAUACCUGCUGGAGAAAGGUGCAGAUGUAAACAGGAAAAGCGUAAAAGGCAACACAGCGCUCCAUGACUGUGCAGAGUCAGGCAGCCUGGAGAUCAUGCGAAUGUUGCUGCAAUAUGGUGCAACCAUGGAGCAGGAUGGCUACGGCAUGACGCCCCUCCUUUCUGCCAGUGUUACAGGCCACACUAAUAUUGUAGACUACCUGACGAUGCACCAGCAGACAAGCCACAUGGAACGCAUAGAUGCCUUGGAGCUCUUGGGAGCUACAUUUGUAGACAAGAAGAGAGAUCUGCUUGGAGCUUUAAAAUAUUGGAAAAGAGCAAUGGAUCUGAGAUACGUGGACAGUAACAACAUUGUCCAAAAGCCAGAACCGAAGCAGCUGAUCAUGGCAUACGACUAUGCAAGGGAGGUCACAAACGGAGAAGAACUGGAUGGGUUGAUAUCUGACCCAGAUGAGAUGCGCAUGCAGGCUCUGCUCAUCCGCGAGAGAAUCCUCGGGCCACAACAUCCCGACACCUCCUAUUACAUCCGUUACCGAGGUGCCGUCUACGCUGACUCUGGAAACUUUGAGCGCUGCAUCAAUCUGUGGAAGUAUGCUCUGGAUAUGCAGCAGAACAAUCUGGACCCCCUCAGCCCCAUGACGGCUUCCAGCCUGCUGUCUUUCGCUGAGCUCUUCUCCUUCAUGCUACAAGACAGGGCCAAGGGGCUCUUGGGAACAUCGGUGUCGUUUGAGGACUUGAUGGGAAUAUUGUCCAAGAGUGUGUUGGAGAUUGAGCGAGCAGUUAAACAAAGUGGACCAAUGCCUCCUGACCCAGCUCAGCUCAGCAAAGCCCUGUCAAUUAUCCUGCACCUCAUUUGUCUUUUAGAGAAGGUGCCAUGUACUGCAGAGCAGGACCACUUCAAGAAGGAAACUAUUUAUAGGUUCCUGAAGCUCCAGCCGUGUGGUAAGAACGGCUAUAGUCCACUACACCUGGCUGUUGACCGCAACACUACAUGUGUGGGACGCUAUCCUGUUUGCAAGUUCCCCUCCCUAACAGUGGUGUCCAUCCUCCUCGAGUGUGGCGCAGAUGUUAACAGCCGAGAUGAAGAUGACAACAGCCCUCUUCACAUAGCUGCAUCCAACGGCCACCCCGACAUCAUGAACCUUCUGAUUUCCUGUGGGACUCACUUCGACAGCACAAACGCCUUCCAACAAACGGCCUGUGACCUCCUGGAUGAGAAGGAGCUGGCCAGGAAUGUCAUCCAGCCCAUUAACCACACCACGCUGCAGUGCCUAGCUGCCAGGGCUAUCAUCAAGCACAGUCUUGAUUACCAGGGAAAUAUUCCUGAGAAGCUAGAGGCCUUUGUCUUGCUCCACAGAUAGUGACUGUGAAGGAGUAAAGGGGAUGGAUGAAAAGAAGGGUGGGAGUGAAACUACACUGAGUUGACUGAACAUGUUGAGCUUCAUAGACCCACACGGUGUUUAAGAAGCAAAGACCGUUGUGUGGGUUAAGUUUGCAAAUUGUCACUGUCUGGAGAAUAUCAACUUAAAGAUUCAUGCCGUCAUUUAACCAGCAUGGACUGAAAAAUUAUGAGGUUCAAUGGAGGAAUGAGUGACCACCUUCGUUGACGGUCACAGCGCUGACUGGUCAUAUCUGUGAUGUAUUGAGAGCAACAUGGACAAAUGCAUCUGUAUCUCUGGAUGAAAUGACCGGAGGGGUUCACAUACUUUUGCUUGAGGAAAAAAUACGUUUUUAAUUUCUUUAUCAAAUUACACAAUGCUAUUUAUUGACUAGAACUUGAGAGAUUUUUCUCCAUGCUGGCUCCAACCCAGUCUCAACAUUGCCUACAUUUUUGCAUAUGCUGGGGACUUAAGUUUCUUUUUUUUUUUUUUUUGUCCCCUCUGUGGAUGUCUAGUCACUGUUGCCAACAGUCAUGGACCCUUCCUCAGUCAUCAUUAGGUUUAUGUUUUUGUACUUUUACAACACACGUAGAUUUUGUCAUACAAACCUUUAUAUCUGCCAUUUGGUCUGAAUUGUAGAUGUUUUUUUCCCAUUUUAGUUAUCAAAGCUUUACAAGAAAAGGGUUAAUGUGUGCGACCACCAUAAGUGCUUUAUUCUUCCUAUGCACAGGCUGGGCUGUUGGAAAGAGGGAGAGACUGUUGUAUUCUGUGCCGGCACUUGUCUGUGCAAUAUCUCAUGAGUUUUUGUGUUUACCUCAUUGUUGCCGCUUCCUUCAGUAUCCACCUGCUUCACUCAAGGGGGUGGGAGAGGGGGGUUUAACACCAUUGUAUUAAUUGUUGUAAGAAGAGCGAAUGAAUUUGAGUGACUGUAUGUUGAGUGUGAGAAAUGUUCCUUGAAUACUGAGUGUUUUCAUGAGCUUACACAAAUAAUGGACAGGAGUUUAGUGAAGUGGCGCUCAUGGAGAUUCCACGUUGCACACGACUGCCACUAAAAAUCCUACAGCGGCCAAAGUGUCUGCAGCCGCUGUAGAGUGCAGACUUGUACACAGAAGUGACCUCUUACCAUUAAUAUGUCUGACCUUUAAAUGCUGUCAUUCUUUAAUAAUGAUCGGAAAAGAAGUAGGGGUAGCUUGCCAUUCGUUUGCCCACUGCAUGUGCAGCACAGUAUCUACCAAGCAAUCACUGCAGAAGAUCAUACGCAACAACUCCUAGACGUCAAGUUACAGCUGGAAAAGCUUUGUUCAUUUUGUAUGCCCCGUCCUCCAGGUGUGUGAGAAAUGAAGGCGAGCAAGUGGGAAGGCGCAUCAAGGUACAGAGUGGAAAAGCUUUGUCAGUUAUCUUGUUUGCACAUUAGCUUUAGAUGUGUGGGUUGAAGGGAAAAAAAGGGCUUUUCAUAAUUUGUAGGAUUUCAUAUUGCAGUUCAAAACCAGACCUAGAAAAUGUACCCAGGGCAACUUGAUUUGAAUCUGCACUUUACUACAGUGGAGUUUAAGAUUUGAUAUGGCAUUAAUCAAGUUCAUGUCUUAAUUAACAGUUUGACAAUAAAACCAUGUUGCACUUGU